UAUCAGCUGGUAAAUUCGAUUUCAGAAAAUAUUGUUGUGGUAACGAUAUAUGCUAAGCAAGAUGAUUAAUAGAUAUUUUUGCGUCUGUUUUGAAAUUGAUCGCAUAUAGGAGUUGGGUUUUCUAUGCUGAGUAAGGAUGGCUAGUUUGUAGCAAUGAGUACUGCUGAAAUUAUUCAAGUAUUAGAAGGCCAUUCCAGUGAUGUGAUGGGAUGUGACUUUUUUGAUGACUGUCUGGCUACCUGUUCAAGUGACAAAAGUGUUCGACUGUGGUUCCUGGAAUCUGAAGAAGCUGAAAAUGACCAGAAAAGAAAAUUUCAUUUCCAUGAAGCUAAAUUUUCUCCCCUGAUAGGUCAUACAUAUGGUGUGAAUUGUGUUCGUUUCUCUCCAUUUGGUACUCUCUUAGCAUCUUGUUCAACUGAUGGUAGAGUAAUUUUCUGGAAUGUUCAGGAUGGACAAAAGUUGGAUGAAAUACAACAUCUUGAAGGUCCGCCUGUUCGUGUCUGCUCCUUCUCAUCCACUUCUGCUAUGUUUGCAACUGGUGGGGAUGAUGAAAAGGUAGUAUUGUGGGAUAUUACUACAAAAUCAGUCAUUAGAAUAUUAGAAGCUCAUGAAGCAAUGAUAUCAGCUAUAACUUUUACUCCUGAUGGUGCUUUUCUGUUAUCGUGCUCUACUGCUGGUGAUAUUAUGCUGUGGGAUGCUCGGUAUGGCCAUGGGAAAUAUUUAUGUUCUAUCACAAAUGCUCAUGAUCUUGGCAUUCUCGGUUGUGAUUCUAGCCCCCAAUAUGAAGCUGUCUCUGAAAAUGGCUUCCUUACUGGAAAUUAUACUAUAGCAACAUGUGGCAAUGACGAUUUUGUGAACAUUUGGUCUGUAGAAGCUAGUGCAACUAAAAGAAUUUCUCUUAUUAUAAAAUUAGAAGGACAUACUGGAAAUGUUAAUGCUUGCCGAUUUUCUUACGAUGGAUCAAUUUUAGCUUCAACAGGUGGGGACAGAGUUGUUUUCCUAUGGAACCCGAAAACUGGAGAAGCACUGCAGAAGUUAGAAGGACACAACAGGUAUGUCACUUGCUGUGCUUUCUCUAAUGGAUCGCUUUUAGCUACUGGAUCAAAUGAUAAAACUGUUGUGUUGUGGACUUUAAACAGAGAAAACAUUUUUAAUUCUUUGGAUAAUCCUUCCUCUAUUAAAGAAAAGGGUAUCUUAUGCUCCCCUCCCAAGAGGAGCUUUUUAUUGUGGACUGUUGAAGAUGUCAUAAAUUGGUUGAAAUCUUUGAAACUAGAAGAAUAUAUUGAAAUCUUCUCUGGAAAUUCAAUUGAUGGGAAAGAACUUAUGUAUUUAAAUCAUGAAAAUCUUUCGAGUAUUUUGAAAAUUGAUAGUUUGGGACAAAGGAACAAAAUUCUUCGUGCGAUUCAAUACUUGAAGAAUCCUUUAUGGCAACAUGCUGUAUCUGACAUAGAAGAUGAAAUGGUGCUUAAUGAAUUUUGUUGUCCAAUUACACAUGAGGUCAUGAGGGAUCCAGUUGUGGCUGCAGAUGGUUAUAGUUAUGAAAAACAGGCAAUUGAAGAGUGGCUUGAAAAUGGAAAAGAAACUAGUCCUAUGACAAAUGAAAUUCUUGCUCAUAAAAUUCUUACUCCAAAUCAUAUACUUCUUCAGUUAAUUCAAAAAUAUAAGACGUAGAUAAUGUAUAUAUUUGUGCACUGACUGUAAAAUUUCAUUAAAUUAUUUUGAUAUAUUUUUGUUUAGCAUUCGCCGAUAAAAAAAUAUUUUAUCGUGUAUUUGAAGUAUUGACUCCAUGUUAUUUGUUUUAACAAGUUGUUUUUUCAAAUAGUUUGGUGAGACAUUUGCUUUUUUCAGAUUAUAAAACCAAUCAUGGCGCAUAUUAUAUGUUUUAAAAUAUGAUAUAACUGUUCUUUUGACUUCAUAUAAAUUGUGUUUAAUUAUAAAAGUGUUUCGAGUUAUUAAGAAAUUUUGAAGACUUUUCUUUAUUUAAAAAUAUGAAUUUUAAUUAUAUAAAAGUAAAAUGUACUAUCUAGUUCUAAUGGAUUCUUAUUGCAUUCCCAAAAAAAUUGAUGCAAUUAGGAAUUUUCACUUUAAAACAGAACAAUUAGAUAAAACAGAUAAAAUUUAAUGAAAGAGAUGGUAUUUACAAAAUGUAUUAUUUGCAAGUUUACUAUAUAUGUUUGGUUCUUUUCAGUACAUUGGUAAUAGGCACAAUUUUACCAUACAAUAAAAUAAUAAAUUUCAAUAUUUAACCAUAAUAAAUAUUCAAACCCAAAACUCUUAUUAUAAGUGUCACAUAUGACUAUUAUACACAGGAGCUUUUUAUAACUGAAUUUGAUUCCAGGGCAAUUUUUCCUCUAAAUAUACCAUUAAAUUAUCUAAUUUCUGUAAAAUUAUAUUUCUGAUUCUUUGGUGGCAUGAUAUCUGAAAAUGUGCUGAACUUACUAUGAGAAGUUCUACUAUAAAUUGUGCUGUAGCUUCAGCUAAAAAUGUGUACUCUGUUAAGAUUAUUCAGAAUAUUUUGUAUUUUCUCGUAUCUUCUAAAUUGUUUGUAUAGAAUGUGUAAUGUACAUACAUAUCAAUUUUUGCUCUUCAUCAUCAUCUAACAUCUAAAUGUUAUAUUUUUUAUAUGAGCUAAUUAACUUGUCUUAAAUGUUCUGUAUGUUGUUUCUUUGUAAUUUUGUUACUCUGAAAAAUGGGCCAAACUCAAACGGUAUUUAUUGCAUUUUUUUAAUUCACUUCUUGUCUACAGAAUAUCAUUUCAUAUGGAACUUAUUAGUACACUGCAGCUUUGGUUUUUGUUCUUUUAUCUUUCUAAUAUAUAUUUUCAAAGAUUACAUCUGAAGUUCUUACUAGCGGCUUGAAUUUAUAAUUUAUUAAUUGCAUCUAAAUGUUAUAUUUUUUAUAUGUGCUAACUAUAUUUGAAAAUUAGGAGCAUAAAUGUGAGUUUAAUGAAAAAUGUGUUGAAAUUCUAUCUGAUGUUGUGUUUUAUUG